AUGAGGAAGCAGAGCGCGCGCACCGCCGCGCUGGUCCUGUGCAUCCUCUCCUACCUCCUGGUGGGCGCCGCCGUCUUCGACGCGCUCGAGUCCGAGGCGGAGAGCGGCCGCAAGCGGCUGCUGGCCCAGAAGCGGAGCGAGUUGCGGAGGAAGUACGGCUUCUCGGCCGAGGACUACCGCGAGCUGGAGCGCCUGGCGCGGCAAGCCGAGCCGCACCGCGCCGGCAGCCAGUGGAAGUUCGCCGGCUCCUUCUACUUCGCCAUCACCGUCAUCACCACCAUCGGGUACGGCCACGCCGCGCCGGGCACGGACUCGGGCAAGGUCUUCUGCAUGUUCUACGCGCUCCUGGGCAUCCCCCUGACCCUGGUCACCUUCCAGAGCCUAGGCGAGCGGCUGAACGCGCUGGUGCGGCGCCUCCUGCUGGCAGCCAAGCGCUGCCUGGGCCUGCGGCGGCCGCGCGUGUCCCCCGAGAACAUGGCGGUGGCCGGGCUGCUGCUGUGCGCGGCCACCCUGGCGCUCGGGGCCGCCGCCUUCGCGCACUUCGAGGGCUGGACCUUCUUCCACGCCUACUAUUACUGCUUCAUCACCCUCACCACCAUCGGCUUCGGCGACUUUGUGGCGCUGCAGAACGACGAGGCGCUGCAGAGGAAGCCGCCCUACGUGGCCUUCAGCUUCCUGUACAUCCUCCUGGGGCUCACGGUCAUCGGCGCCUUCCUCAACCUCGUGGUCCUGCGCUUCCUGGCGGCCGGCGCGGACGCGCCUGAGCGCGCUGCCCGCCCGCUCCGCCGGGGGGCGCCCGAGAGCCGAGCCCCGGCGCAGCGCGCCGGCCCCAUCUCCAUCUCCUGCCGCCUGCACCCGCUGGAGCUGUGCGCCCGCGACAAUCCCGGCUUCUCGCCCCCCGCCAGCCCCGGGGCUGGGGGCGGCGGCAGAGCCGGCAGGCCCCCGGCCCGGCGGAAGUCCAUCUGA